GCAAGGAGCUUCACGGGAUAGAAUGGUAGCCACCCGAUUGAGAACGUUCGUUCGACCGUUCUGCGUAAGUGCGCGCGUGGAUAAAACGUUUACGAAAUGGUACCAAAGUCUGUGGGAGGAGAAAAAGAAUGAACCGCCCUACGAUCACAUCGUGCAAGUCGGUGAUCCGGUUCUGCGCCAGCCGGCCAAACCAAUCCCGGAGGCCGAACUACAAUCGGCGGAAGUGCGUUUCCUAGUCAAACACCUGACGAAAGUGAUGCGUAACUACAAAUGCGUGGGUCUAGCAGCCCCACAGAUCGGUCUCUCGCUCCGUGCCUUCGUGAUGGAGUUUCGCGACGAAGUGCGUGAACAGUACAGCAAGGCGGACUAUGCGAACCGGCAGAUGGAAACGUUACCGUUAACGGUGUUCCUCAAUCCGGAGCUGAAAGUACUGAACUACGAAAAGGUGGUGCAUACGGAGGGGUGCGAAAGUGUACGCGGGUACCGGGCCGAUGUUCCGCGCUACCGAGAGGUACUAAUCACUGGAUACGAUGGGGAGGGUGCACGUCGUGAACUGAAACUGCAUGGUUGGAAUGCACGGAUUGCUCAGCAUGAAAUGGAUCACCUGAACGGUACCCUCUAUACCGACAUCAUGGAACGGAAAAGUUUCACCUGUAGCUGCUGGCAAGCAGUCAAUGCACACCAGGGACGACUUAAGCUGUCGUUUGCUAGUAAAUAAAAACGAAAGUUGUUCGGAAA